ACUAUCAUCAAGCACCGUUUCUCAAUACACCCAAAACCCGAUGCGCACCCGGCCAAGCAAAGCAAGCCACCACCACUACCACCCCUAGCAGUAGCCCAUCAUGACCCUGACGGGACGCCACAAGGCGUGCAACCAAUGUGUGGGUUCCUGUUCCGUCCCCUCGCACGUACGCUGCGGCAGCUGCUGCCAAUCCUGCUGACAAAUGCACGCCCACGGCCGCAGCGCGACAGGAAGAUCAAGUGUGACGGCGCCCAGCCAGUGUGCCGCGGCUGCGCCCGCAACGGCCACAAGUGCUGCUAUGCGCCCCCGGCCCAGCGCUACAGCAAGGCAGACCUUGCCAUGAUGCUCGAGGGCAUCAACCAGCGCCUCCUCCAGGCAGAGGCGAGCACCACCACCGCCAUGUCGUCAGAGCUCGCCUUCCACCACCUUGGCAGCUCGGUCCAUCUGCCAAUGACGAAUGCCGACUUGUCCAUGAUGCUCGACGGCACCAGUGCUGCUGCCGCAACACCUGACUUCGGCUUCGGAUUUGGCAGCUCGUAUCAGCCAGCAACGACAACAACAACAACAACAACAGGCAGCGGAGCCUCCGCCUCCGCCGUCAUGCACGGCUGGAACGCCAGUAGCCACGCCGAGGCUCCCGCUCAGCCUGCCAGCUUUGCCCUGCCCCCCGUCGUCCUCGAGAACGGCCAACAGCCCGUACCGCUCUUUGGCCGAGACAUGUUGCCUUUUCAGCUCGACACCGGUGCCGGCGCCGGCAGCUCCAUGUCCAUGUCCCCAAGUCAAGCGGGCUCGGGUGCAUCAGAAAGCGCCGCCUCACCCUUCCAUCACCACUCCGCGUGUCCAACUUGGUCCGGCAAGCGGCGGCGCAUCAGCACAGGACAGGAAGGCUGGUGGCCAUGCGGAAAUGACAAGCCCUACCGGCAGCCGUCACCUGAUAACAAUAGCUUCAACAACAACGACAACAUAAGGACGCCCGACUCAAGGCCAGAUCCAGCUGCAUCGAACCCACAGCCCGAAGACAGCAGACCACCGACACCGGCCAGCAGAACCAGAAGCCACUACAGCGCAGACGCGCCACCGGCGGGCUCUACCCAGUGUGCAGAAUCCGCCUGCCCACCACCCACGAGUCCGGCCGAUUGUCCGGCCGCCAGUCCAGCCUUGAACCCUUGUGACAGCUCCAUGCGCCGCCAGAUUGGCAACGGGGCCUCGUUCCAGGGGCUGCCCGUGCUGACGGGCCCCGACCAGUACGACCGCUGGGUCAGGGCCGUCCGGGCGGCAGCGCGCAAGGAGGGGGUGUGGGACAUGAUGACGGGCGAGUGCGAGCGGCCAAGCACGCCUCGGCCGGACGCAUCGCCGGAGUCUUGGCGGCGGCACAAUGACGACAUGACGUACUGGCUCAGCAAGAGGGAGCUCGCCCUCGGGGCUAUCGAGGGCAGCCUCUCUGAGGAGUUGCAGGCGCGCAUCGAGGGGAUCGAGUGCACGCGGGAAGCAUGGCUCACGCUGGAGCGCGAGUGCAAAAGGCCCAAGCAGCAGGCGCUCCUCGAAGUCAUCCGGGAGCUCAAGGGACUGUCUGCGGAGACGCACGAGGGGCUAGGUGGUGGUGGUGGUGGCGUCGCGCAGCUUGUUGAACGUAUCACCAAGCUUCGUGCUGAGAUGGCGUGCAUUACGACGCCGCUGCUGCAGCAGCUGCCAGAGUGGUACUUUGCCCUCCACUUCCUGGUCUGCUUGCCUACAACCUAUGAAGGGCUGGUCUCGUCCAUAACGUCGUCUGGUCCCUUGGCGGUCGAUUUUGGCUCCGAGGGGAGUCUUGCGCGGGUUGUCAAGCUUGCCCAGGCCGAGGAGAGACGGUUGCUCAUAGCGACAAGACGGUGAUCAUGAGCGUUCCAUAUAAAGCCCGCAGCACAUGAUGCGAUGGUGCUGCGGAAUGGUGCCUUCAUUGUGUGUGUGUGUGAGCUUGGUGUGCUUAUUUGUACAACGUUUGUCCGUUCUUAAUCUCAUCUAAGAAGAGAUGGGCUGCAGCCGCGACGGUGGAUCUGAAUGCAGGGAAUUAUCUGAGACCCAUUCCCACCUGAUGUCAGAUCAAUCCAUUUUCUUCCAGCGGCUCCCUGACAACUUGGAGUAUAGCUAGGUUGGUAUCUGUUCACGGUAUCCGAUGUAGACAUACAUGUUACGCAGAAUGCAGAGGACGUCCUGUCCCAGCACCUAGUAAGGUCGCCUGCGCAGUUUCGAGGCAUCACGUUUCACAUUGCAUACGCUUAUAUAAUGAACUAUGCGCUGACAAGUAGAG